AUGACCUCAACAAUAUCGAACGAGUUACUCAUAUCGCUGGUUCAAUGCGAACCAGCUGUGUGGGACCAGAGAACGGAAGUGUAUCGAAAGAACGGCGCCCGGCUCAACGCCUGGAAAAGGAUAGCGCAAGCGCUAGGCCUCAUCGUGUCGCAAGAGAACAUCGACCUGAUUGUGCACCGCUGGCGGAAUCUGCGCGACACAUUCGCCAAGAAGAUAAAGGAGUUGGCCAAGAAGAGCGGAGCAGGAGCAGGAGAACCUGUUUCAAAGUGGAAGUACUUCGACCUCAUGCUCUUCCUGAGGGACAUUGUAGAACCACGCCCAACAACAAGCAACCUGGAUGUUCCCAAUUCACUGGACGAGGUCCUCAGGGAUACUGACGACGACCCGUCAGCACUGUUUGGUUCAAUGCUGCCCCACCAAGAUGACAUGGACAGUGUGCCAGUGCACCUAAGGGGGCAGUGCAAGGUGCACCUGCUGGAAGUGCUCCUGCACUACCAAGCGGGAGUCAUCCCGACAACGCUCAGUCCUGCAGUGCGAGCAGCUUUGCGUGAUGCGGAAACCAAUUAG